AAACGACGAUGCAUCUUUACUGGGCAGGUUAGAUUUUACUCGUGAAUAUGAAUUCUGGUACUGAGAAGACUCGGCUUCUUACUAACACCGAGGAUGUUGUCAGAGAAAAACCAACAAAGAUAUCUGUAGAAUGUUUGGUUUGCCUUAUAUCAAUUUUACAUUAUGUUUCUUCGAUAAUCGAAUCCCUGCUUGUGACGGAGUAUACUUACCAGUAUAUCAGUACACGGACGCAGGGGAAACCAAGCCAAUUAGGGUUUAGUCACUCGAGUUCUAAUGAAAAUUGUUCCGCUCACAAAAACGAAGCGCAAGAAAAAAGUGCGCAGUGGAACUCAUAUUAUGUGUAUGCUGAGUAUGUACCUGGUCUCUUCGUGGUGGCCUGGGGAGGAGUUAUGUCGGACUACUAUGGAAGAAAAUUCUUCAUUGUCUUACCUGUUCUGGGAACUUUCCUUCGAUGUUUUGCUACACUUGUCGUCCUGCAGUACAACCUCGACAUAAUCUACCUCCUGAUAGGUUGUCUGUUAGCAGGAUUCACAGGGACUCACUACACCAUGGACAUUGCAAUUUGCGGUGUUGUCGCAGACAUCUCGAAAUAUGACAAAUCACGAACGUUCAAAUUAGCUUUAUUACAUUUAUAUGCUGGAAUUGCAUCGACUUUGGCACAAGUAUCCACGGGAUAUAUGAUCAAGUACCUUGGAUUCCUUAUCCCGUGUGUGGUGUCACAGGCUUUGUGCGUUUUAAAUGUAAUUGCUGGAUUAUAUAUACCCGAAACCUUAGCAAAAUCUAGACGAAAAACCAACAGCGACAAUUGCUGUCAAAAGAUCGGUAGAUUUUUCGCUUUCUACACUAGUUCAUCAAAUCUUCGAGACGGGAAAGUUUGGCAGUUCGUGUUAUGCCUCUUGUCGUUGGCCUUCUGUCUUUCGCCAUACACAACUAGAAGCGGUAUGGAUAUAAUCUAUUUUUUAGGACAACCAUUUUGCUUUUCGUCGGAGAAAAUCGGCUGGUAUAAUUCUGCAAACAGUUUCCUCUGUCUAUGCGUAUCUGUGUUUGUUUUGAAGUUGUUUCACCUUUGCAUUAAUGACGAGUUUAUAACCAUUUUAAGCUGUAUUUCUGGGAUUCUGUGCUUCUCCAUACAGGGUUUCGCUUCAGUCUGGUGGAUGCUGUAUGUAGCCGCUGGAUGCGGAGUGAUCUCCCUCAAUUCACUUCCGGUUAUCAAAGGCAUCAUGUCUCGUCUGGUUGAUGAAACAAGACAAGGUGCUCUCUUCGCUAAUAUUUUCUUCCUGGAGACGAUUUGUCGAUUGUUCGCAUCCUCUCUCUUCUUCAAUAUUUAUGCAGCGACACAGGAUAUUAUGAGAGGAUUCGUGUACCUUGUAUACGCAGGAUUCAUCACAGUAGGAGCAAUAUUAAUGAUUCCUGUAAUGAUAUCUGCUAGACAAAAUUUGAGGAGGAUCAGAGAAAUAUCCAUACAGACCUGAGGGUGAUACUGUCUUCUGCAAUAGACCGGUUGCUGUAAAAGACCGGUUAUUGUCACAGACCGGUUACUGUCACAGACCGGUUACUGUAAUAGACGGUUACUAUCAUAGACCGGUUACUGUCACAGACCGGUUACUGUAAUAGACAGUCACUAUCAUAGAUCGGUUACUGUAAUAGACCGGUUACUAUGAUGUGUAUUUGUCGUGUUACAUACAAAAUAUGGUUUGAGCAUGUAUACAGACCAUAUACUGGAAAUCAGUAUUUAUUCAUUCUGAAAACCUUGAAUUGACAAACAGACUUCGAAAUCCUUACAAAUACAUUGCAAUUCACAAUUAAAAGGUUACAAAUAAACAAUAGCCAUGUGCACAGGGAGGCUCACCGUAUCAAUAUAAUGAAUAGAUAUGUACCUGUAAUAUUCAAACUAUGUAUAUGAAUAGAUAAAUUUUGUCUCAAG